CCAGGAAGGAGGAAGGGGAGGUGGCAUUGAGGGGCAUGUGGGAGGCGACAAGAGGCACUUGGAGAGGCCUGAUUGCUGGAUAGAGACAGUCAAUCGUUUCUAGAAAGUCCCUAAGCCAACCGGCUUGCCCUAGUGCGGGAGGCAGCGCAUCUGCACACUCACAUCCACCGAGGGGCUCUGUGCUCUGCAUCCAGCGCAGGGGGAGCCCACUCACUUUCAAUGGAGGAGCAGCCUGGCCAACAGCAGCAGCACCACUACCACCAUCACCAUCCUCACCACCUCCACUCUCCGUCUUCUCACAGCCAUUACUACUAUUACACAAACAGCCAGCAGCAUGGAGCCGAAGGCAGCAGCGCCAAAUGCCAGCCCAAGCCGCUGAAACAUGAGCAGAAACACGCCCUACAGCACCAGGAAACGCACCAGAAGAAAACAGGCCAUGGAGACCUAAAUGGUACUGCAACAGAAAGAUACCCCUCUCCAAAGACCCUUGACUCUGAAAAGGCUGCAAGUCAGACUGCUUCUCGGGUUACUAACGGGAACCAACAGGCCGUCGACAGCAACGCCAGUACCAAGCAUUCAUCCAAGGCCCUGAGCUUUGGGAAAAGUGGAAGCAAAGUUAAAACCUUGCUUCAUAAAAACAGUAUGGACAAAAAGAAUGAGAAGUCUUACGAAAGCAAGCCUAAGGAUAAUAAACACACAGACAAGGUUGAGGCAGGACCCAUUCAGAACGGUUUGCUGGCAAACAACUCUGGAUAUAUAACUAAUGGUUAUGUGAGUAAAGGUGCUGAAAAUGAUGGCAGUGGCUCAGAGAGUGGCUACGCUACUCCUAAAAAAAGGAAAGCCAGGUGUAGUAAUGCCAAAGUUGUUGAUGGGUCUAGCUUUGUAAUAGACAAGAUGAUAGACUCUGAUGUCAAAUUUGAGUCUGAGAACUCCAAGCCUGAUUUAUUAGUUGACCAGAAAGGAGGAGCUAGACUGGACAAUGGAAAGUCCUCUUGGAAAUGUGAGGCUGCAGCCUCUGGAGCUGGUCGGGGUAAACCAAACUCUGCAGAUCUGCAAAGGAAAAACUCUGAUACCAAAACGGUACCAGGAAAGAAAUUUGAUGACCGGCCCAAAGGCAAAGCUUCUACAACUGCCUCCUCAAAGGAGGACUCCUGGUCAUUGUUUAAGCCUCCCCCCGUUUUUCCAGUGGACAACAGCAGUGCUAAAAUCGUUCCUAAAAUAAGUUAUGCAAGCAAAGUUAAGGAAAACCUCAACAAAGCAGCCUUGAACAACUCUGCUUCACUAUCUUCCCAUGCCUUUUCUCCGGCAGCUGGGGAAGUUCCAACUUUGAACUGUGUUUCCCAGGUUCCCAUGUCUGCCAUGAAGUCGGUAUCUACAGCUAAUUUCUCCAAUGGGCCCCUUUUAGUAGGACCUGAUGGAAGUUUCUUGGCCACUGCUGCUAGUACUUUAUCACACACACUGCCUGCUGGAGCAGAAACUUUGCCCACAGAUAUACUCUCUGCCCCAACACCCAAUGAACAAAAAAAGCCUAGCCUUUUAACUUACCCUUUAAAUAUGCAACAAGCACUGCCGGAUACAAUGCAGGGGGAACUGUCCGGUCAGUCAAAUCAACACAGCCUGGGUGAAAUUUUUCAGAACCAGUGGGGUUUGUCUUUUAUAAAUGAGCCCAGUGCUGGUCCAGAUGCUGGGGUGGACAAGCCUUCACUUGGGCAGAUGGUCUGGGAGCACCCCAUCCCAGCAGCUUCACAGGGUGCUGAAGUUGCUGCCUCAGGAAAUGAGCGCCCAGUUUUCCCCAAGGCCUAUGAGCUAGAGAAACGGACUAGCCCUCAGGUUCCAGAAGGUUCUACCAUGAAAACAACUGUUGAUUCUGGGGCAGAGGGGUCUGGAUUAUGUUCAGACCUGCAGCACUUAGGGGAGCCACAGAAGACUGAUGCUGCUAGCCAGGGUUGUUUAGUGUUUCAGUCCAAGGUCUAUGAGUUAGAUAUUUCGCCCCAGGCACCCCUGAAAAACACUUUACAGACCUCCGCCAAAGAUAAGAGGUACCAUGCAGGCCUUGAAUGGAAAGAUAGCUGUGGUUCUUUCGACCUGAGGGCUGCUAUUAUCUAUCACACUAAAGAAAUGGAAUCUAUUUUGAAUUUGCAAAAACAAGAUCCCAGUAGGAUAAUCACUUAUAAUGAAGCCAUGGAUCAUCCCGAACACUGAGAUUAGCACCAUUGGACUGCUGGUGUUCCUUUUCCUAUGCCAUUUCACCUGUGCAUGAGAGACACCUGGCUACCGUGCCCCUUUCAGAAUCUUCAGUGCAACAGAGGCAAAAGCAUACAUAGAAUCAUUGGAUAUAUAUAUACACACAUAAAAUAUAUAUAUAUUUUGUUUAGAUAACUAUGUAUAGAAAAAAAUCUAUAGAUAUAUAUAUAUAUAAAAAAUCUAUAUAUAUAGUUAUUUAAACAAAUGUAAAGACUCUCCUGAUUUAAUCAGGAUAAAUAUACAUUUUUUCCCAGGGGAUAAACAAAAAUUAUUUAAACAUUGGUACAUUUCAUUAUUUUUUUUUUUUCCCAUCUCUUUAAAUUUUUUUUUUUUUUUGCAUAAUUUUCUUCCCCCCCAUUUCUAUGCUGCAUAGAACACAGAAGGGAAUGGUGUUAAGAAGCAGCAGCAUGACACAGAUGCUUUUACCAUUGUCCUACCUGGCAUGGAGAAAAUUGCACAGGGGUUACAGCAAAUAUGGGGGAAGAAAAAUAAAAGAAAUCUACUUAUUUGCCAACAAGAGGAGGAGAUGCAAAGUAUUCUGGGAAAAAGUACCGGUUGCUUCAGUCUCAUCCUUUAUGCUGUGUUUUGUUCUAUGGCUGUGAAGCGUCCCUGCAGAUAUGCUCGGAAAAGGCGGAUGGAUGGAUUUCUAGGUAUACGUAACAAAUAUUUUGUGUUGAAUAUUUUUUCCUUUUAUUUGGAUUUACAAAGGAACAAAACAUCAUAAAAGGACAAGCGGCAAAGAACCAGGAUUAUUAUUUGGUAUAUAUGGUUUUUGUUUUUUUCAUUUAAUACCUUAAACUGGAUACAGUAGCAGUUCUUCGCUCUGAAUUCAGGGGCAAGCAGGUUUUCUUUGGCUUGACCUUUUUUCUUUUUUUCUUUGGACAUUGUUAUUCAUCUGACAAAACACAAGAAACGCUUUAAAACUGAACCUUAGAAUAAUAGAAGAAAAAAAAAAAACAGAAAAAAAAGUAAAAACGCAAAAGAAAAGUAAUCUAUUUAGGCAUUUAAUAUAUUUAAAAGAAUUAUUGAAAAAAAAAAAAAAGUCAAAUGCGUUCCCUGGGUUGUCAUACCGCAGGGGAGCGAGUUAAUGGAAGCUGCUCGGAACCGUGGCUGCUUCACCUUCUGUGUGUAGCUAAUACCUAACCAUGACUUGCUUUUAAUCAUUUCAUUUCCCCCUUCUCCUGCUUAAACUCUUCCCAUGCUUAAUGGGAUCACCGCUCAUUGUCAAUCUAUGCCAUGUUGUUUACCCUCCGGUUCUUCGAAUGGUCAAAAUGCAGCCUGGGGAUUUUUGUUUGUUUUGUUUUAACCCUGUAUGCUUCAGCUGGCAUAAUUUCCAUUCUGAUUUUUUAAUUAGCCGAGCCCUCACUGUAUGACAGCUAUGCCGAAAACAGGACUCUAGCAAUAAAGGCAUUGACCCUUUCUAUGACAAGAGUGGCCUGCAAUGCAUCGAGUACCAAGGGAUGCGUAGGGACUGAGAGUGUCCGAUGCCUUCAUUUUCACAGGCAUGCUGUAACCCUGCAGGGGGACAGGAUCUAAUUUUUAGCACUAAUUUUUAGCACUUUGAUUAAAAUCUGCCCCCCUUCACCACUAACAUCAUUUCUGGCCUCCGUAUGGAAUUGGUUGGUGAGCAGUGUUGUUCUGUGAGCUUUGCUUCCUCCCAUAACCAUGCAGCGUUCCCCAAAAGCACAGUGUGCCAGGUUUUCGUAACUGUACAUACGCCUGGCUCGUGCCACUGAAAGGUGCUAUAGACAUAGAAUAUAGAUAGGUUUAAUUAUUUGUUUUAUGUUACGGCCCUCCAGCAAGCGAAGGGGUUAAUUUCUUCGUUGCUUCAAUUAGUUGCUUUUUUUUAAUGGCAGAUGUUCUACCAGUGUUUAACCCACUUAACCUGUUUGCUGCCAAGUUGGGUAAAUGUGGCGGAUAACCGUAAUCUUUUUUGUUUCUGGGCUCUGCCAGAACAGCCUGUGAUUCUGGAGGGGUUCCCAAGAACACAUAUCGCAAAACCUCGGGUGCAUAAUAUAGACAACUUACCACUAAAAACAUGCAAAGUAUUGUUGUGUGCAAACGCCCAUGAUGUCUGACCCUAUAGCAAAUGUAUCUGGAUUUCAUGGUUUUCUUUUGCUCUGUGCAAAGGCCAUUCUGUGCUGUCAAGAGAAAACGGUCACUAUUUCAUAUGUACUAUGUAUGUCUCUCUUUUUUCCUUUCCUUAAGUAGGCCUGAAAGUGUGAGACACUGUACAAACAUAUAGUAGGAGCUGCAAGGAGUUUAUAUAUUUAUAGGUAUAAUCUCUGGUUUUCUUCAGUAUUCUGUAGAGAAUGCUGUAGCCAAAACAAGCCAUACGCAGCGACUUUUAAUAUGUAUAAAUAAAAGGGCGUUCUGUGCUUGCAAUAAACAGCAUCCCUCAUUUUUGUGGUCUGUUUAAAGGGGCAAUAUACACCCACGUUCAACGUGAACCAGUGAAAUAGAGCUUCUGUUGAAAAUAUGUCCGCCCGUCUCUUUAUUAUAAAGCACUAACGGAUUGUUGUUUCAUUUUUAUCUUCCUCUUCUUGCCUCUUGUAACCAGAAGAAUGAUUUUAAAUGGAGAUAAGGAGCUCUGUAAAGCCCCUCAUUGCUUCCCAGGUGUCUCAGGUUUACAGAUAAGGAAAAGUAUAUUCUAAAGGGGGGUUUAACUGUGACUGGCAAUUGGAUUCUUCUUCAUUACUUUUAAUUUCCCUUGUUGUUUUAAUCAGCAACAUGUACAACACAAUGUAUUCAUUGAACUCAUGUAGAACACAGGUGUAAGUUGCUUCUUUAAAGGGAAAUAAAUGGAAGUUUAUGAAUGAUAA